AUGUUUGCAAAAAAUUUGUCUUCAAAGGAGAAACGUGCUUUAUCAACUGCACUUGAUUUAAUAAAGAACUUUGACAAUAAAGUUUUUCAUAUUUUUGAAGAUGGAGAAAGCUCUUAUAGCAUUAUUGGCAGUCAAAAAUUAAGUAUGAAGAUGUACUGCAUAGUAAUUCCUGAAGUUGCCAAACUGAAACAAAGUUAUGAUAAACAAUUAUUUGAACUUGAUAAUUAUAAAAAUAGGAACACAGAAGGAGAAGAUAAUUCUGACGUUGAUAUCCCGAAGCAUGUUAUCCUUUAUAAGGAUGAUAAAAAAAGGAUAAUUUCAUACUUCAAGAACUUUUUUGAUCCAAUCAACGCUGAUCUAUCUAAACAAAUAACUGACAAUUUUAACUUGGAGUUUAAGAACCAAAAAGAAUUUGCUGAUUUUCUUUUAAAUCAAAUAGAAACUAAAGGAAAGAAAUUCAAUAAAAAAGUUGGUGUGAGUACUGUUAAUGAAUUUGUAAAUGCCAGAAGUAAAGCUAUCAAAGCUAUUAAAAUAGAUGAAGCAUUUAGUAGUGUGGUGAUUUCAUUAACAUCCAUUUAUAAAUCAAAAUCUGAACCUCUAAUAGAUUAUUUGAUCACAGUUAAGGAUAAAUAUGAAUUUGAAUACGAUUAG